UCAAAACAUAACCUUAUUAUUAUUUAUUAACCUUCCUAUUUAAUUGUGAUGAUAAAGCAAGGGAUGAAAUAAGAGAUGCAAUAUGCACCAAUCAGGGUUAUUUAAAUUACGCAGAUCGGUUCUUAAUAAUGUAAGACAAAAAACUAAUUUAGAAGCUUUAAAAGAACGUAUCAAAAAUGGCCCAUCAUUACAAGAGUUUGCAGAGACCCUAGAUCGAUCCGAUUUAAAUACACUAUCAAAUGAAAACUCAAAGGAAUGGAUGCAAUAUGAAGGAAAACUUAAACGUGAAAAGGGAGAAGAACAUCGCCUCAGAUUACCUCCUUGGCUAAAAAGAACAAUCCCUACUGGUAAAAAUUUCAGUAAGAUUAAAGAACAACUAAGAAAUCUUAAUUUACACACAGUUUGUGAGGAAGCUAGAUGCCCUAAUAUUGGAGAAUGUUGGGGCGGUGGAGAACACGCGACAGCCACGGCUACGAUAAUGUUGUUGGGGGAUACAUGCACUAGAGGGUGCAGGUUUUGUUCAGUUAAAACUUCAAGAGCACCUCCACUGCCUGAUCCAAGUGAACCUGUAAAUACAGCUAAAGCUAUUGUUUCUUGGGGACUUGAUUAUGUUGUUCUAACAUCUGUAGAUAGAGAUGAUUUACCUGAUGGAGGAUCAAAUCAUUUUGCAGAAACUGUGAGAACAAUAAAAAAGGGAAAUAUUAAUAUUCUUGUUGAAUGUUUAGUACCAGAUUUUAGAGGCAAUUUAGAUGCUGUUAAAAUUAUAACAGAAUGUGGAUUGGAUGUAUAUGCCCACAAUAUUGAAACUGUAGAGUCCUUAACUCCAUAUGUUAGAGAUAGAAGAGCACAGUACCGCCAGUCACUUUCUACUUUACAAGCUGCAAAAAAAUUUAAUACUAAUCUCAUAACAAAGUCAUCUAUUAUGUUGGGUUUGGGUGAAACAGAUAGCGAAAUUGAACAAACAUUAAAGGAUCUACAUGAUCAUGGUGUAGAUUGUGUUACUUUAGGUCAGUAUAUGCAACCAACAAAGAGGCAUUUAAAAGUUGUAGAAUAUGUAACGCCUGCUAAGUUUCAACAUUGGGAAAUGGUUGGCAAAGAAAUGGGAUUCAUGUAUGUUGCUAGUGGACCGCUCGUACGAAGUUCCUAUAAAGCUGGAGAAUUCUUUAUAACAAGUAUUCUAAGAAAUAGGAAAAAUAGUACGAUGUAAUAAAUUGAUAUUGUUUUAAAUUAUAUAAUAAAUGUUUUAUGUGGUGUUA